CGUAUGGCCGCCGCUCCGUUAACUUCACUAGUCAGCUCCAGAAAGUAGUUCAAAGAAGCUUUUCAUCACAGUGGAUGUGAAAAGCCAGUGGGAAAGAAAGCACUUCUGAGAAAAGCUCCAAGCGAAGCACCACUGCUCUACUGGAUUGUAUUACUUUGUAUUUUUUCCCCGAGUCUUGGAAGUUCGCUUGUUUUCGCCAGUUCAGGCAGGCUUGAGAGCCGAAAAACCGAAUGGUCCUUUGUACGGGUCUAAAAAGUUAGGUGAAUGUAUAGCAUGAUGAUGGAAACGGACCUGCACUCCCCAGGACCCCAGACUAAUACAAAUUCGGGUCAAACGGGGCCAAACAAUGGGACAAAAUCCAGCCAAGAUCGGGUCAAAAGACCGAUGAACGCGUUUAUGGUUUGGUCUCGGGGCCAGCGGAGAAAGAUGGCUCAGGAGAAUCCCAAAAUGCACAACUCCGAAAUCAGCAAGAGGCUGGGCGCGGAGUGGAAAGUCAUGUCGGAGUCGGAAAAGAGACCCUUUAUAGACGAAGCGAAGAGAUUGCGUGCCAUGCACAUGAAAGAACACCCGGAUUAUAAAUACCGACCCCGCAGGAAGACCAAGACCCUUCUCAAAAAGGACAAGUACUCCUUAGCCGGCGGGCUGCUAUCCGGAGCUAGUAGCGGUGCUGUUGGCAUGGGGGUCGGGAUGAGUCCAGUUGGAGUUGGUCAGAGAUUAGAAAGUCCUGGGGGUCAUGGCGGCACAGCCAGCGCUGGGUACGCACACAUGAACGGCUGGGCGAACGGCGCUUAUUCUGGCCAGGUGGCAGCGGCGGCCGCUGCAAUGAUGCAGGAAGCGCAGCUUGCUUACAGCCAGCACCCAGGCAGCGGAGCGCAUCACCACCAUGCGCACCACCACCACCCGCACAAUUCCCAACCCAUGCAUCGCUACGAUAUGGCCGCUCUCCAGUACAGCCCUAUCUCCAACUCUCAGGGCUACAUGAGCGCUUCUCCGUCAGGGUAUGGGGGAAUCUCCUACACGCAGCAUCAAAACUCUGCUGUUCCUGCUUCUGGUGGUAUCGGCACUUUGGGGUCUUUGGUGAAAUCGGAGCCAAGUGUGAGCCCUCCCGUAAGCACUCAUUCUAGAGCACCCUGCCCUGGGGACUUAAGAGAAAUGAUAAGUAUGUAUUUACCGACAGGCGAAACAGGAGACCCGUCGGUUCAAAGUAGACUUCAUGCUUUGCCACAGCACUACCAGAGCAGCACAGCAGGAGUAAACGGAACAAUCCCACUGACACACAUUUAGCCUAAAACCUAAGCGGCAGCACACGUCAUGAAACCCGUAACCAAAUAUUUCAAUAUUUAGACCAUCGGUCAGCUACCUUUUGUAUUAAAUGUAUUUGACCGUGUAAACGGAAGGCAAGUAUUGCUCAAACUGACCUUCAGGAAGAAAAACCGCUGUAUUAUCCACUUGUCUGGUAAUUCGAAAGUUUUACUGUUUGUCCACACUUAAACGAUAAUUGUUCGAUUUUAGUUUACGUAAGUGAAAGCGAUGCCAAGUUUUAAAUUGCAUUGAAGUCCUUUCAUUCAUAUCAAACAAUAACCCAGUCUGACUGA